AGGUACCGAAAGAGAAACCAUCGGAAAGGUGGAAGAAAGAGGGGAAGGAAAGGGAGAAAAGCUUGGAAUAAAGCUACCAGGGAAAUAUCCCAGCCCGCCGGAGAGAGAUGGUGGUGAAGAAGGUUAUGAGAUAUUCUCCGUGGGCCCCUCCGGCGCCGACGACGACGACGAAGAAUAAACAUAAGGUGCGGCUGGCGGUGACCAGACUCGCGGGAUUGCCGUCGUCAAGGGAAGGAGGAGGAGAAGGGAAGGUGGCCGCGGUAGAGAUCCAAUGGAAACGGCCGAGCCGGACGGGGAGCCUCUCGUAUCUCAUGCGGCGGAGAAGGAAGCCGGUCCGGAGCGUUUCCCGCGAGAAAGCGGUCGGAAACAACGGCGUCGUCGACUGGGAGGAGGACGGCGAUGCAAACAUAUGUUGCUUCUGGAAUUCGGAGCUCGUUUCACGAUCCGUUUCCGAUCCCGAUUCUAUCAGCCCCAUGGACGUUUUCUUCUCCAUCCUAUAUGUGAGGGAUUCCGUGAUCAACAAGGAGGGAAGGAGACUAAACUGGAAGAGGUAGGGACAGCAAUGGUAAACCUAGCAGAGUGGGCGAGGUCUUACCAAUCACAGAGACGAGGUGAAGAAGGGAAAGAUUCCCAGCUGCAGGUCCAAAGGAAGCAGCUUCCCAUCACCUUACGAAUGGGAAGCUUGGCAUGGGAGGCCACACUUUACGUGACCAUCAACUUUGGUGAGGCAAGAACUUCUAAAGAAACAAAAGGAACAGCAGCCCAUGGAGAUGAGCCCACCAAAGACAAGGAGAACCAACAAGAAGAGCAAACAAGUGAUGAGGCUGGAACCGAUGAUUCAUGUAUCUUCAAUGCAGAAGUUUUAGAUUUGGAUCAGCUCCAAUCAGCAGGUGAAAAAGAUAAAUUAGCAGAUUACAGCAAGAAAGAUCAUGCUGCCAGCAACAGCAGCGGCAGCAGCAGCGGCAGUGGGAUAUCAAGUCCAGAGACAGGAUUGACUUCAAAAGAACCAUUUCUUUCCUGGAGAAAGAGGAGCAAGAUUGCUGGCAAAAGCAGGGAGAUCCAGGAUUCUUCUUGUCUUGAAAACAAAUCUUCCGGAAGUGGCACACAGAAAAAGGAAUCAUCAGGAUCUGACCAAGAUGAUGAUCCAGUUGGUAGCUGGAAAGGCAAAGAAUUCAUCAGCAGAGAUAGGGAAACAAAGCUCAAAACUCAAGUCUUCUUUGCUUCCAUCGACCAGCGAGAUGAGAGCGCUGGUGGAGAGAGUGCUUGCACUGCCCUCGUUGCCGUAAUUGCUAAUGCACUCCACUCCAAUGGACUGAACACACCAACCAGAUCAGAGUUUGACGCACUUAUCAGAGAAGGCUCUUCUGAGUGGAGAAAGUUAUGUGAUAAUGUGUCCUAUAUAGACCGUUUCCCCAACAAACACUUUGACCUUGACACCAUAUUAGAAGCAAAAAUAAAGCCUAUAUCUGUCUUGCCUGAGAAAUCUUUCAUUGGGUUCUUCCAACCAGAGAGUUUUGAAUCAUUACAUGGGGCAAUGUCCUUUGAUGAUAUAUGGCAAGAGAUUACUACCAGCAUCAGAGAAGGUGAUCCUAAGGUCUAUAUCGUGAGUUGGAAUGACCACUUCUUUUUGCUUAAGGUGGAAGCUAAUGCUUAUUAUGUCAUUGAUACACUGGGGGAAAGAUUGUUUGAAGGAUGUAAUAAAGCCUACAUACUCAGGUUUGAUGACUCCACGGAGAUGUAUAGGUUGCCAGAGAAAGGUGGAAAUGAAGGUGGAAAAGAGCUACACUGCAGUGGGAAGGAGUGCUGCAGAGAGUUCAUAAAUAGAUUUCUAGCUGCUAUACCAUUAAGGGAAGAGUUGGAGAUUGAAAAGAAAGGAGUGGGGACAAACACAGCACUCCAUCAGAGGUUACAAAUAGAGUUGCAUUUGACAGAGGCUGCUAAUCUAAUAGCGACUCAAAGUUGAUCGGAGAUGACACUCAACUAUAUUUGGAAGACACAGUCUGUUCCAUUGAGUGUAGGUUGUCGAGGGUUGUAAUUGUAACGUAAACUCUGUAUAUUUGUACAGUCUACGAGCACUAACAUGAUAGUUUCUGAAAAGCGGCAGAGACAAGAAAACAUCUGUCUUGAAGUAGCCAAUAUGAUAUGCUUGUCAAAAAUAUUGACAACUGAGAGAGAGGUUGCAACGGAUAUCAGAAAGUCAUUUCUAAUUAGGAUUUCCUGAAGUAGAGAAAUUUUAUUGGAAGCAUGCAUGAGCAGACAAUAAAGGGAGCAAGACAGCAAAAAUGGCCAUCUCUGAUUCUACAUGCAUAUUUAUACAAUUUUUUGACUGUAAGAAGCCGAAAAAAUAUAGUCCAAAGUUUUUCCAGCGACGCAUUUUUACCUUUUUCUUUUUUUUUUUUUUUUUUUUGAGAAAGAUUUCCUCCCACCUAUUUGAAAUGGAGGACUUUAUUUUUUGAAAAGCAGGACUUGUUAUGUGGUUAUGCCAAAUCUUCAGUAUGGUUUGCAGGCCCUACCUUUAUUUACCUUCUGAUCAUUGUAUAUUGUUCACCAAAACCAAGAGGAUUUUUGUUUUAUAGGCUUUAAUUGCCAGAUUAUUUUCAUUUUAGCCCCAAUGCAAAAGGUAGCCUUUGUACUUAUCCACUUCAUUUCAGAGGUACCCUUCCGUACCUGAAUCAACACUUCCAAGCCAAAUACAGGCCCAGGUGUAAUCAGUUUGAUAGAUCCAAAUAAACGCAACAACCUUUUCAAAUA